AAAAUUUGAAAUUUUAGGAUUUGAUUGGCUUAAAUUAAUAUUGUUGGGUAUUAAUUAUUAAAAGCUACUUUGAUUCAUCAUCCCUUAGAAAAUGAUAUCCGUGGCACGAACAAGUUAUGUAAGAUUAUCCUUUCCAGAGAAUUUAUUCAAGGAAGAGAAGGAGAUCGUACCCAUGGCCAUGGCCAAGGUCGGGUUUUGUUGCUCGUUGAAUUUGAUCCGACCAAAACAUGGAAGGCUUUUGGUGAUAGCAAGUGCUAGUAAUGCGAAGAGCCUGGACAUCAUGAAUGGAAAAAAGGUGAAUGGAAUUCACGUUAAUGAAGAGACUCGUCAUCAGCGGCUACUUAAUCAAAGAGUUGCUGACGCACCCCUCCAUGCAUGUUUGCUUGGAAAAUUUGUAGAGGAUAGGUUUUUGUAUAGACAAACCUUCAUUGUCAGGUCAUAUGAAAUUGGACCAGAUAAAACUGCCACUAUGGAAACACUCUUGAAUCUCCUUCAGGAGACAGCUCUGAAUCAUGUAACGAGCUCGGGACUUGCUGGGAACGGGUUUGGUGCUACCCGAGAGAUGAGUGUUAGAAAACUCAUCUGGGUCGUCACUCGCAUCAACAUUCAAGUACAGAGAUAUAGCUGCUGGGGAGAUGUUGUUGAGAUAGAUACUUGGGUUGAUGCAGCAGGAAAGAAUGCGAUGCGCCGGGACUGGAUUAUCCGAGAUUAUCGUACCCAAGAGAUAAUAACAAGAGCAACAAGCACCUGGGUGAUCAUGAACAGAGAAACAAGAAGAUUAUCAAAGAUUCCUGAACAAGUAAGGCAAGAAGUGUUACCAUUUUACCUAGGUAGAGUUGCAAUUGCAAAAGAACAAAAUGAUGUUGGGAAAAUUGACAAGCUUACUGAUGAAACUGCAGAGAGAAUUCGGUCUGGUUUAGCUCCAAGAUGGAAUGACAUGGAUGCCAAUCAGCAUGUAAAUAAUGUCAAAUACAUAGGAUGGAUUUUGGAGAGUGUGCCAAUACACGUCUUAAAAGAUUACAAUCUGACAAGCAUGACCCUGGAGUAUCGACGUGAAUGUCGCCAAUCAAAUUUGCUAGAGUCCUUGACAAGUUCAACAGCCAGUGUCACUGGAGACCCCAACAAUAAUUCCAAUAAUCGCAUUGCAGACUUGGAAUACACACAUCUACUUCGUAUGCAAGCUGAUAAAGCUGAGAUAGUCCGAGCCAGAUCAGAAUGGCAGUCCAAACAAAUAACACAAGCCAUCACUUGAUGUCACAACUUGUUCUCAAAACCACUUAACGCACUUUUACUUUAAUUUGCUAUACAAUUUGUUGCGAGUAAAACUUCUCAGGCUAUAUAUGCACAUUUUUGCAAGUGCAAUUAUGUUUAUUA